AUGGACCGCCAAGGCACGCCUGGCGGCGAUGGCUACGGCGAGGAAUGGGCGCGGGACCUUCGGGUCAAGUUCGAGGGUCUCCUUCGCGACAAGCGCAUGAAUGACCUCCGUUCCUCGUCCCGACACGGAUCUCCAAGCCUCGGCGAACGAGCCUCGAGCGCCAAUUUGCGAAGUCCUACUCCUUCUGGCAGCAGCCGACCCUCGACAUCCAACGGUCCUACUCUUCCCUCUUACUCCGCCCUCCGACAUCUCCCCAAGAUCCCAACUCCUCCCGAUGCCGGCGACCGUGACUCCCAGAAAUUCAGAAACCUCCUCAUCAGCCUAUCAUUAACACCAACAAAGUACGAAAACCCCGGUUUGUUGGACGAGGCUCUCCAGACCAUUCCAUUGGAUCGUAUCUAUGGUGAGGCUGAGGAGGAGACACAAGUUCUCCAAGCUCAAGCAGAGAGUAUGGGAGACGGACGGCAACCCGAAUGGGGUUACCAAGAUUGUGUUAUCAGGGCACUAUUGAGGUGGUUUAAGCGAUCAUUCUUCACAUGGGUCAACAACCCACCGUGCCCUGUCUGCUUAUCCCCUACCAUUGCCCAGGGCAUGACUGCCCCAACACCCGAAGAGAGUGCCUGCGGUGCUCUUCGAGUGGAACUGUACCGAUGCUCCGCACACAACUGUGGAGCUUAUGAGCGCUUCCCCCGAUAUGGCGACGUUUGGCGGUUACUCCAGACCCGACGAGGCCGCGUUGGUGAAUGGGCCAACUGCUUCAGCAUGCUCUGCCGAGCUGUUGGCGGCCGUGUACGCUGGGUCUGGAACGCUGAGGACCAUGUCUGGACCGAAGUCUAUUCGGAUCACCAGAAGCGAUGGGUGCAUGUGGAUGCUUGCGAAGAAGCCUGGGACAACCCUCGCCUCUAUUCAGAGGGAUGGGGCAAGAAGAUGUCCUACUGCAUUGCAUUCUCCAUUGACGGUGCUACUGAUGUUACCCGACGAUAUGUGCGCAAGAACGAGCACGCAACCGAGCGCAACCGAUGCCCCGAGGAGGUCCUACUCUACAUUAUGCAGGAGAUCAAGAACAUCCGACGAGCCAACAUGAGCAAGGACGAACGAUUUCGUUUGGAGAAGGAGGAUAGCCGAGAGGACCGCCAAAUGCGGGGCUAUGUUGUGGCUUCAAUUGCCCAAGCUGUGACUGAUCUGGUACCUGGAUCUCCAGGCGGUGCGUCAGGAAAUGAUACCAAGUUGCCUGCAGAGCAACCUGGCAUUCAGUCAGGGUCCGCGGAGUGGGUGGCUGCCCAACAGCAAUCUCACAGUCACCGAUAUCAGCAACCCCGAGAUCCCAGCCACCGAAGACCCUUGCCUUGA